UUGUUUUUGUUUGUUAUGUUGUGUUUGUACUUCUAUGUAGCAAUAACCUGUGUUGUUUUGAAGGUCAUAUAAACGUAUAAUAACGAAUAUAUUUACUAUUAGGGAAUCUUCUUAUUAUGUUUAUCAACGCAUGAUAAAGUAAGAGUUCAAGAGUUCAUUAUUAUUUGAUAAUAAAUUAACUAAGAAAGGGACAAAUAAGUUCAAUUGCUAGAGAUGUUUAAGUUUAUAUUGGUCUUUCUGUUAAUAAAUUGUAACUAUGGGAAAUACCUUUACCAAACGAAGUUUUUAUCUGUACCAGUAGAUCAUUUUAGCUUUGCAAAUAAUGCAUCGUUUAAGUUACGAUAUCUUAUUAAUGACACGUAUUGGGAUUCCAAUGGCCCAAUCUUCUUUUACACGGGAAAUGAAGGAAACAUUACGGUUUUUGCGGAAAACAGCGGUUUCAUUUGGGAAAUUGCAGAUACAUUUGGAGCUUUAAUAGUUUUUGCCGAACAUCGGUACUAUGGGGAAUCGAUGCCUUUUGGAAACAAGUCAUUAAUAAAUAAUUCCUAUUUGGGAUAUUUAAGUUCGAGUCAGGCUCUUGCGGAUUACGUUUAUUUAAUAGAUUAUCUUCAAUCAAAUAAGAACUAUGCUGAUUAUUCUAUUAGAAAUCCUGUCGUUGCAUUUGGUGGUUCAUAUGGUGGUAUGUUAGCAGCAUGGAUAAGAAUGAAAUAUCCUGCAUUUGUUUUGGGAGCCAUUGCAUCUUCGGCACCAAUUUACCAAUUUCAGGGACUUACUCCUUGUGAAACUUACAAUGACAUUUUAACUUCAGUUUACAAUGUGUCUUCCAAUAAUAAUUGCCCUUAUAUUAUUAAGAAGUCGUGGCCAGCUCUUAGACAGGUUCUUUCUUCUCCUAAUGGAACCGAAUGGCUUAUUUCAACUUGGAAACUAUGUAGACCAAUACAAUCCAAAGAAAGUAUUGAUACACUAAUAAUAGACUGGUUAACAAAUGUAUAUAGCAACCUUGCAAUGGCAAACUAUCCAUAUCCAGCUAACUUUUUAGCUCCAUUACCAGCAUAUCCAGUUAAGGAGUUUUGUAGAAAACUAAAACUUGAAAAUAUUAAUAACAUUACUUUAUUACUGACAGAUUUAGGAAAUGCUCUGCAAGUAUAUUCUAAUUUUACUGGUAAAAGUGAAUGUCUUAAUAUCAAUUCAUCUACAUCGGACAUUGGUGAAGACGUUUGGGAUUACCAAGCUUGUACUGAAAUGGUAAUGCCAAUGUGCUCUGGUAAGUUUGGUAUGUUUGAAGAGGAGCGUUGGAACUUUACAAAGUAUAGCGCGGAUUGUGAGAAAAGAUUUGGAGUGCCACCAAUUAGGCCAGAUCUAGCCAUUUUGGAAUAUGGUGGCAAAGAUAUAAAAUCGGCAUCAAAUAUUGUAUUCAGUAAUGGUUUAAUGGAUCCAUGGUCAGGUGGUGGAGUCUUACAAGAUGUUUCACCAAAUGUACGGGCUAUACUAAUCCCUGACGGUGCACAUCAUCUGGAUUUGAGAAGUUACAAUGAAUUAGAUCCAAAAUCUGUUAUCAGUGCUCGCAAAUUUCAUCAACAAGCGAUACGUCACUGGUUAAAGACUUAUAAAACAGAAAACUUGGAAUUAAAUAGUGUUAACAUACAAAACAAUUAUGCUUAGUCAAUAAAACAAUAUUUUUUGUACUGAGAUUAUAUGUUCUCGAAUAAACUGUUCUAACACGCA